AUGCCAGGCGACGAAUACCAUGAACCGGAAACGCCGGCCACCCAGCGGCUAACGAACGAUGAUUUCCGUAAGUUGCUUAUGACCCCAAGGGUUCCUGGAGGUUCAUCCCAUGCUGUCGGAUCGGUUCGAGAUGCUAUGGCCAAAUCAUCUGCUACGGCUUCCACUUCAUCUGCGAAGAAGCCUCCGGCAUCCGAGAGGCAUGAAGCCCGACGGAAGAAGAAGAAUUUUUACGCCCAGUUGAAGAAGCAAGAGGACAAUAUGCUUGCCGAGUUGGCUGAGAAGUACAGAGAUCGUGCCCGGGAAAGACGUGAUGGGGCCAAUCCCGAUUAUCAAAACCUAGAUCCUACAAGCUCGACCAGUGGUUAUCGUGCUGUGGCUCCCGAUGCCAAGUCUGGUUUGGACGCAGCCGAACGACGUCGACAGCAGAUUCAGGAAUCUAAAUUCUUGGGUGGUGACAUGGAACAUACUCACUUGGUCAAGGGUCUCGAUUAUGCUCUGCUGCAGAAGGUUCGUAGCGAGAUUGUGGCCAAAGAGCAAGAACAAGAAGAAGAGAUGGAAAAGCUAGCCGAUGUACCGGCUGAGGUGCCACAAAAGCCCCAGGCACAGGUCGUCGAAAAGCCAGACGAAAUUGAGUUCCGGACUGCCAUGGGCAAAAACAUUCAUCGUAUCAUGGAAAUUCAGCGGUAA